GACCCAUUUUCUGAAUUGAUGUUGCAAGAUUCAUCCCGGAUCCCUCUAUAACUAGUGCUUGCUCCCGACGAGGCCUCCCAACUGAGCUUUUGACACUCUUGCAAAGUCUCUUGGAUCGCGCACCUGGUCGACGACCAAGUUGCGAAAAAAUUCUCUUGGCGAUAGAAGAGCACAAGACAAGAUAUGUUCGAGCAUCAUCAUCACCAUCCAACAGAAGUCGCUCAAUGAAAAGGGAACGAGAUGGCGUGGCCGUGUUCCCUACGACCGCAAACACACUCGUUCGAACUCAUUCGCACACCACAUCAGACACAUCUCCAGAACGGGGUCUUAACCCAUCAGUUUCUAACGGUGUCGUCAGGCCGAGGCUGAGGCUACCAUCAGAUGCUGGGACGAUAAUACCUGACAGAGCUUCCUUCGCUACUGAACCAAAUGAAGACUCUGGUUCCAUGGAUGGCUCGAAUCGAAGUCCAACAUCCCGAAAAUCACUUACCCUUUCCGCCUCAACGAGGGUAUCGAAUUACGAUUCCCAUGAGGAUGGUUCUGACGAUAACCCACUUCCCCGCACACCUGUCGCUGGCUCCAUGAGACAUCGAAGACAAGGGAAUGUUCCUCCUGCGUUAUUCGCGAGACCUAGAGGAAGACGAAGGAACGGAGGCGGAACGGCACCAAGUACUCCCAUCGUGCCUACUCAUCGGAAUGAAGUUGCUUUGCCAGCAGUGAGUCGGGAUUGGAUGUAGAGAACAAGGCUAAUGAUGAUUAAUCCCAGUUUCCUCCUGAGCAUUCUCGUGCUGUGUUAGGAAGGUUGUGGUGGCUUGCCUUCCGGCAACCUUCUUG